UGGCGUAUGCAUUGGUUCGCUGGCGCAUACAUCGGUUUGCUGGCGUAUGCAUCGGUUUGAAAUUUAAAGCAGGCAUGAUUUGGACAGCCACUGGCCCUGCACUUAUAAGCACAAUUUAAUAAAAUCUUUUUUUUUUCCUCAGUAAAAUUCAAUGUAAUAUUAUUUUUCUCGUAAAUUCAUAAAAAGUAUCAGGGAUCUUUACUUCUCAGGUAUGUAUAAAAUGACCAGAGGAAGCAUAUAAAUGGAUCUCCCCUUAAGGACCCUAAUAUUUUCGCGCGCUGGUGCUGUAGGUAAUGGAAGGAGGAAACGUUAGAGAAGUUAUGGAACGAAUAAUUACGGACCAAAGGCUUUUACAAUCGUUAGCUGAUGCGGUUAACCAAACACAGAGAAGAAAUGUUGACAUUGAGGUGAUGGGUCAGUUUAAUCGAAACACAGGCGAUGAAGCCAGCUGUUCCACCCUGCCCAACACGGGUUGUAGUAACGCUAUAUACAACCUCCGUCGCAAUUUUGGUUGCAAAAGACGAGGAUUGGGACAGGGUUAUAGUUCGAGUUCCGCAUUGAGGAAAAACAGCCGGGAAAGUCCAACGUUUUGUAAAGAACUGGUUCUCCUUCCCGAUAAUACAUUUUCACAUGUCCCAAGACGCGGCAUGAAAGCUAUGCUUUUUGGAAACGGGCACGUGGUUUCAGCACUGGAAUUUAACGUCAGCUGGGAUGAGCAGGCAGUAUUCGAAUCAAUCAAGAACGCAUUCUCUGAAAAACUGAGUUCCUGCAGAAUUGAAAUUCUACUAGGAUGCCAUAAUAAACUCGUGAAACUAUCUUUAACACCUGGGCAAAAACUAAAUGGACACAUGCUUAAAAAGAUCUUUACCCAAAGGUCAAUUUAUGUCCGACCUGACAGGGUUCUUUUAGAACUUGGAGGAAAACGGGCAGAAAAUUCAGAUGAAGACAUCAUUGAUGUAACUGAAGCUUCUGCUCUGUCUUUCUCAUCUGUUCAGCCUUCAGUUUGUGUUGAGAAUACAUCUCGGAGGGAGAAUAUGAGCAGCAAAAGCACAUUUGCUGAUGAUCACUCACUACCUUCAGAAAGCCACAUUUGCAGAUCAGAAUCUGUCACAGCUAAGACCAGUGUAUGUGAGGAUACAUAUAGGAAUUAUGUAGAUCUUUUGGAUACUGGAAGUCUUUCAGACGAUUCAGAUUUAAAUGAAGCCAUUUCCCGAUCUCUUGUGGACAUUCAACCUAUGCUGGAAGAAAGCUGUUCAUUGAAAGAAAUACUGAAGCCCCUUGAAAAUUCACUCAGCAGUGAAGUUGUUCGUUACAAUAUUACAAGGAGAAAUGUUUGGGACGGUACUGUCCGAGCCAUGAGCCGACCUAACUUCUCACCAACCAAGCAGAUGGACAUAAAAUUUACUGAUAAUGAAGGAAUUUCUGAAGGUGCAGUAGAUCUCGGUGGUCCAAAACGUGAAUUUUUGCGCCUAGUUCUGGAAUACGUUCGGGAUCACAGCGGAAUGUUUGAAGGACCACAAGGAAAAAAAGUUCUUGCUUGCAGUAUUGCAGCACUUAAGGGCAACAGCUACUUCUAUGCUGGACAGCUGAUGGCUAUGUCAAUCAUUCAUGGAGGUCCACCUCCUCAGUUUUUGUCUCCAGUUCUUACUGAGGCACUGAUAUGUGGACCUGAUAAAGUAAUUGUAUCUGCAGAGGAUGUGGCAAACGAAGAAAUCCGUUCACAAAUAAUACUAAUCAGGGAUGCCAGUUCAGAAGAUGCUUUAGAAGAUGCUGUCAGUAAAGCUUCCAGCAUUUUGGCAUUGUCAGGGUGCUUCAGGCGAAUUGAUAUGCAAAACCGAGGAGAGGUAGCUAUAGAUAUAGCCAGUUGGUAUGUGCUGCAGAGAACCAGGGCUGCAUAUGAGAGUUUUUCUGAGGGCCUUACGGCACUUGGCAUGCUCAAUGCCUUGAAGACCUAUCCUGUGCAGCUGAGAUGUCUUUUUGUGGAGAGCAUAGAGAGACUGACUGCUGAACAUUUAGAAAAUCUUUUCAAAGUUCAUCUUUCGGAAGCUGGCAGCAACAAAUAUCAUGGCGAAUGCAUUACGCUUGGUUUUUGGAGAGAUUAUUUGCAGGAUGCUGAAUUGAAAUUAACAACAGUUUCGUUGGAAGAAGUUCUUGUUUUUGUAACUGGAAGUGACAAAAUUCCAGCACUAGGAUUCAGUCCUGCUCCUUCUGUCGAGUUCCUCCAUGACGAAGAUCACAGGUUCCCAAUUGCUAAUACCUGUGAGAACGUAAUUCGACUGCCACUGAAGAGCAAAUAUGAAUAUUUCAGAAAGGACAUGGACUUUGGAAUAAAAAAUUCCCAUGGAUUUGGAAGGCCUUAAAUUAUGUAAAACCCACAGCUGCUGCUUCUGCAGGGUCAUGAGGAGGAGAGGA